AUGUUUGUCAGAGAUAUCAAGCGCUUGCUGUUCCUGACAGUACCUAUUAUCAUUCUUCUCUACACAAUCAUCACCUUUUAUACGCGGUCCAAAGGAACAGAAUGGAUUCCGCCCAUCAUCGACAAAUUCAAUGCGGGCCAUGGGGAAGGCAAUGCCGAUUUAAACAAUGAACAUGAGGCCCAGGCGCCAAUAGGCCUUGGAAACAAUAGUUCUGCUCUCCCCAAUAUUCAAGUUACUCACCAGGAAAUCUUCUCAAUCUCCACCAUGGACAAAAAGUACUUUGCCAUUGACUUUGGUGAAGGGCACAAGGGAAUGAACCCAAACAUCAUUCCUCAUCCCACGCUGGGAGAUACGUGGAUCGUGGUAGCCCAGCUGGCACGGGGAGCAGAUGAACAAAGCGUUUACUUCACAGAACUCAUGUGUCAUGCUACUUUCCAGUUUGGAGUCCUGCGGUGCCUUGAGCCUCCGACAGCACUGCCCGUUCAGCCAACAGAAGGCGGGAUAUGUGAAGGCAAAUUAGAUUACUUCUCUGCCAACAUCGGCCCUCACGAUGCCCGCGUUCUUUACGGGCCGGAAUCUCCGUACAUUGUUUACGGGUCGAAUUCCCAGUUCACUUGCUUUGGCCAAUUUAUUCAGGACUUUCGCGAACUUGUGGACUGGACCGGCCAGUGGGGUGGCUCAAAGGCUUUCCUCAGAGGUACAGAGCUACAGCGACCUCUACCAUGGAAUGCUGUCGAGAAGAACUGGUUCCCUUUCUGGGAUACCGCCGGCCAGAUGUAUAUUCACCACGAUGUCGCACCAAAACGAGUCUUUGCUCGAGUUCUCUCGGAUGGCUCAGCCAGUGUCAACCUGGCAUUGCUCACCGAAGAACAAGAUAACAAGUGUCUGGAGAAAUAUUUACCCAAAACAAUCUCUGAGAACGAGUCAGUCCACCAAGCAAGCAACUCACUCAAGGUCACCAUGUGCAAGCGGAUAGACGCAAUUUGCAUUGCCGAUAAGUCCAACACCUUUAUCUUCACCAUCUGGCAACACAAGUCCUUUUACAACUGGCACGCAGUCUACGAGCCGUACGUAAUGCUCUUCCAAGAGCAGGCGCCCUUCGCCAUCCAGGCCAUGUCGAAGCGGCCAAUCUGGAUCCACGGCCGCCAGCAGUACCCGGAUCGCCUUACUUCGGAGAUGAUUUAUGUUACGUCGAUUGCUUGGAAGAGCCCUCUUUUGACGUAUCACGGAUAUCUAGAUGAUGAGCUUUUCAUUGGAUUCGGCAUUGAGGAUAAGGCGUCUGGAGCUAUUGACAUUACCGCGGAGGAGUUGUUGGCGGGACUUGGGCUCUGCACUGAGGCAUAA